CUACAAUAGACAAGUAUCUCGCUCGGCUUCACCAUGGCAGGACGCAUAGACGGCAUUAUCAUACUCGACAACAACGGCAAGCCCAUCAUCAGCUCGAACUUUUCAUCCCACGCCCCCUCAUACCCUUCACUCCACAUAGACGCGUACAAUGCCGCCCGCAAGAGAACGGCCGAGCUGGAUCCGGUACUGUGGGUCAAUACGCUGGAUAAUGGGAGGACAGGGAUGGCGGGGGCCGGACUCUGUCAUUCGCAGAGGGAUGGGCUGUGUUUCUUGAUACCAGUAGGACAAGAAGUGAACCCACUAUUCGGCUUCUCCUUCCUCGACUCGUUUCUGGAAACGCUUCGCGACUACUUGGGCCAAGUCACAGAGUCUACGAUCAAGGACAACUUUGAUAUCGUCUACAUGCUCAUUGAAGAAAUGCUGGACGAAGGGCACCCUUCGACUAUGGAAACCAACAUGCUCAAAGACAUUGUCCUACCUCCCAGCAUUGUCAGGAAGAUCCUUAAUGCGGCUGGUGUCACAGGAUUAUCAACAACAAAUUCUGCCCCAUUCACAGCGCCCAUACCCUGGCGAAAGCCUGGCGUGCGGCACAACAACAACGAGAUAUAUUUCGACAUUGAAGAAUCGCUAGAUGCUAUAGUAGACAGGAAGGGCAAUGUUCUGUCAUCGAACGUAUGGGGCCGCAUCAAUUGCAACUCUAGGUUAUCAGGCAACCCCGACCUCUUGUUGAGCUUUGCCAACCCAAAGACCAUGGACCAAUGCUCCUUCCAUCCUUGUAUCCGACAUGGGCGGUGGAAGAAGGAUAGUGUGUUAUCAUUCAUCCCUCCAGACGGUAAAUUCCGGCUACUAGAGUACGAGGCCUCAGCAAGUACGGCCAAAAACCAGCUUCCCAUAUCCUUGAAAGCGGCCAUGGCUACAGAAAGCCACAGCGGCCGAUUCUCCCUCACCCUUUCUUCCCGCGUCAACGCCUUACCGCUGGAGAAUAUCGUCGUCUCCAUCUUCCUCGGCAAGGGAGCCACCUCGGUCAAUGCCACUGCCACGGGGGACAGACGGCCGCUGCAUAGUCACGUCGGCAAAGAGGAGAAUGCUGAAGGGUUCGUGGGCGGCGGCACGUGGGAUUUCGACCCUCAUACGCAAGUGCUGCAGUGGAGAAUAAGCUCGCUGGUGACGGCGGAAAGGUCGCCCACUUUGGCCGGGUCAUUUGCCACUUCUGAGGCCCAACCCAUCAUAUCUCCGUCAUUCGAGGUCAACUUUUCUGUCCAAAACUUUUCAUUCUCCAAUCUGAGAGUGGACAAGCUCAAAUUACAAGGGGACGUCAUGUACAAGCCGUUCAAGGGGGUGAAAAUGCUCGGACGGGCGGGCAAGGUGGAAGUGCGGUGGUGAGGGGGCGGAGAGGACGGAGGAUGGUCUGGCAAAUGUGGCUUGCUCCAAGCGUGCGAUCAAUCAGUAUCACCGGGAGACCGCAAAGGCCAAAGCAACAGGAGAAGAGCAAGAACACCAACGAGGGCGAUAUAUGGGAAACUCUGUGGAAGAGGCGUAGUAUGUCAAAAGGGCGAUGGGAUGAUACCACAGGGCACCGCGGCUGGAAGCGUGAUACAGGGACCAAAGUUUCUGGAGUUAUGCGUAACGUACAUGAUUGUGAUGAGCACCCAGUAUCUUGUCUGAGCACCGAAGAUUCGACUGCCUGGGAAGGUUUGAGCAAGC